AUGACAUCAACCCAAACCCUCUCCAUAAACUUUGUUUAUUUCCUUCAUUUUACUUAUUACCCUUCUCUUCACCUCUAUCUCUUUCUUGUUUUUCGUUCAAUCUUUGCUUUUUUAUUUUCCUUGUUUUUCUCUCUUUAUUUUUACACAUUUCUUUCUUUCAGUAUUUUCACUGCUUCUUUUUCACAAUUUUUGUUUUUACUCUUUUUCUUUUUAUUUCCUUUUUUCUCUUUUUUGCUUUCUUUUUUGCUUUCUUUUUUUACUUCUUUUUUGUUUUUUCCUUUUUUAAUAUAUCCUCACCCUUUUUCUUUUCUAAUUUUUAAUUUCAAGAUUUCUUUCUUUUCUUCACCUUUUCUUCUUCUUCCUUUCUUUCUUUUUUCUUUCUUUCUUUUUCUUCUCUUUUUUUCUUCUUUCUUCCUUUCUUGCUUUUUUCUUUCUUCUUUCUUUUCUUCUCUCUUUGUUCUUUCUAUUUUCAUUUUCCUUUCUGUUUUUUCUUUCUUUAUCUUCUUUCUUUUUUCUUUUCUUCUUUCUUUGUCAUCUUCCUUUUUUAUUCUUUUUCAUCUUUUUUAUUUUCCUUUUUAUUCUUUAUUUUUUAUUCUUUCUUUCAAUACUUUCCCUUUUUCCUUCUUCCUUUUCCUUUCUUUUUCCUUCGUGUUUCUUAUCCUCUUUCUUUUUCUUUUCUCUUUCUUCUUUAAAUUUUCUUCUUUUGUUUUUGUUUUUCUUCUUCCUUUUUCUUUCUCUCAUUAUUUUUCUUUUUUUCUCUUUCUUCUUUGUUUCUAUUUUUAUCUACUUUCUUUAACUUCUUUCUUUUUAUUCUUUUCCUUCUUUUUGUUUUCCUUUUUCUUCUUUGUAUUUUUCUUUUUCUUCUUAUUUCCUUUCUUUUUUUUCUUUCUUUCUUGUUUACUUUCUUUCUUAUACUUUCUUAUUUUUCUUCUUCCUUUUCUUUUUUUGUUCUUUUUUUUUUCUUUCUUUCUUUCUUUCUUUCUUUCUUUCUUUUUUUCUUUCUUUUCUUUCUUUCUUUUUUUCUACAGAAACUCCUGA